CAGAGCCAUGGGUCGCGCGAGAGGAAGCUCAACAGAUAUUGCGCCUCGAAACUUUCAGUCAGAAAUUCCUUCGACUCGACUUCGAUUUAAAAAUCGAUUUAAAGACAGUCAAUUGCUUUCAGUCUUGAAAAUAAUGGCAGCGUUCUAGUUUUGUGGCGUCUCUUACAGUGUAGACUUCCUUCUUUAACACCUCCCACUUGAUGAUGCCCUUAUGAGCGCAGGUGAAACGACACAUUAGUGCGAUCUGUCUGGCUCAAAGGAUGGAUGUUUUACCAUGAUGUGUAUUUUAGAUAGACGUUUCUAAAGUUAGAGGGAAAAUAAUAAGAUAAUAAUCGUUAUUUUUAUUUAUAUAUAUCUAUGAUAAUCGCUUAUUGUUCAAAAAGGCUUUAUAUGCAGCUUUAUUAUGCUAUAAAUAACGUUUUAUGCAACUCUCGAGAUGUUUAUUUCCUAGCGAAUGCUUCUGUUCUCUACAGUGCAUUUUUUUUUUUUUUUUUACUUUUAUGGUUAUUUCAUGAGGAUGGGAAGGAUUAUAUCGUAAAAGCAUCCUCGUAGAAAUGGGAAAAUGGGAGCUGACAAUGGAGCCUGUUCAGGAGUGGGGCGAGGAGCAUGAAGACGGGGCAGUGUUUGGGAUCACCCUGCGCAGAGAGCCAGUCCAGCAGUCAUCUGAGCCCACAGAGGCUUUCGUUCAGUACCGCACAUGUAAAGUGCGCAGGUUAAAAGCGGCCACGCUGGACAGGCUGGUCUCUCACCUUCUGGACCCCUGCUGUCAGGAGCAAGACUACGGCAGGAUACUGCUGUCAACGUAUCGCACCUUUACCAGCUCCAACAAACUCAUCGAGAUGCUCUUCCAGAGGGAGAACUUUGCCUCUGCACUUGACAGCACCAAUUACCCUAACAGCUCUUUGUGGAGUUUGCUUCAGAUGUGGUUGGAUGAGUACAGCGAUGAUUUCAGGGAGCCUCCCAUGCACUCUUCCCUGCGUCUCAUGUGUUUACAGCUGAGAGGACGCCCUUCUCUCUUCCCCCUGGCUAAACACUAUGAAGCUCUCCUGAAGAAAUUCCAGACUGAAGAUGUUGUGACAGGUUGUCCAGUUGAUCAUAUGGAUGAACCAGCCUUGAAUAUGGAGGCAAAAGACUUUGAGUCAGAAAACCUUGCAGAUUUCAUGGAUUUCUCCAUCACAGAUGUUGCAGAACAGCUCACUCGUAUGGAUACUGACUUGUUCAUAAAGGUGGUCCCUUUCCAAUGUCUGGGCUGUGUGUGGUCUCAACGAGACAAGAAGGAGAACCUCUCACCCACUAUUUGGGCCACCAUCUCCCAGUUCAAUGCAGUCACCAACUGGGUCAUCACUUCUCUGCUUCGUCCCUCGUCUAUUGCUUCAUCCUCCCCAACCACACAAAGAGCGAGAGUCAUAGAAAAAUGGGUGCGGGUUGCACAGGGGUGCAGAGAGCUGAAGAACUUCUCCUCUCUUAAGGCCAUUUUAUCUGCCCUUCAGUCUAACCCCAUCUACAGACUAAGGAAGACCUGGGCAGCUGUGAGCAGAGAGGCCGUGUCUGUCUUUGAGAACCUGUGCAAAACGUUCCCAGAUGAGAACUGUGUUCUGACUAGCCGAGAAAUCUUUGUGGAUGACGGAAGUCAAGAUGACACAGAUAACAAUACCAUAAAUACAUCCAAGAGAUGUCCUCAAACAAGACAGAUGAGCUCAGCUGGAGGAACAGUUCCAUACCUGGGCACAUACCUUACAGUACUGACCAUGCUGGACACUGCCCUACCAGACACCGUGGAGGGUGGUCUCAUAAAUUUUGAAAAGAGGAGACGGGAGUAUGAGAUUUUAAGGCAGAUCCGUCAGCUGCAGGCCUCGUGUUCUCAGUAUGUUUUACCCCGUCAUCCUCAGAUCGCUGCCUGGCUACAGAGUCAGAAACUGCUGUCAGAUCAAGAGAGCUAUGAACUUUCCAGACAGCUGGAGACUCCUCAUGAUACUUCUCCAUCCAACAGCGGCUGGAGUCACCGAACUCUCACUAAAAAGCUUUCAUCGCUCUUGUCAGGAAAUGAGGGCUCCAGAAAGAACGCAGAUCAGAUCAGCGUGUCCUCGUCAGGAUCCAGCAGCUCUGAAAUUGAGGAAUCAGUGUCUUUUAUACCACCGUCUCUUUCUAGUUGUGGUCAGAACACGUCCGAGGCUUUUCCCUCGUCUUCCUCUCCUGAUUCUUCCACCAUGUCUAGUUCAUCCUCCAGCUCUCAGCAGGAUCUCAAUCUUAAUCCAUCUUCCUCCUCCUCAUCUUCAGCAUCAGCUGACCCUCACCUGGUCUCCUGCCAUAAGCGCUCGGUCUCCAUGACCUCCCUGCCCUUCUACAACAGACAAGUGGAUGACUCCUGCAUCAUCAGGGUCAGCGUGGAGUUCUGCAACAAUGGCAACAUGUACAAGAGCAUACUGUUGACCAGUCAGGAUAAGACGGCCCAGGUGAUCCAGAGAGCUCUGCAAAAACAUAACCUGGAAGAUGUUAGUGAGCAGGAUUUCACCCUUGUACAAGUCCUGGCCCAAGGCAGAGAGUUGCAUAUUCCAGAAAAGGCCAACGUAUUUUACGCCAUGUCUUCAUCAGCCAACUAUGACUUUGUUCUACGCCGAUGCCCAAAAGGCCAACGGAAGCAACUCAUACGCUCAGUUUCACUGUCAUCAGGACGAGCAACGAAAUAACAGAGGAUUCAGCCUUGAUUUCUGGAGGAUUCAUAUUUCCUGCUGAAAACCGUCAAGACACAAGUCAUUCAGACACAAAUGGAAAUGUGUGCGAUUGAAAACAAGUCAUUUAAAGAAAAUAAAAGACUAUUUCUGGUUCACAUUUCACCUUGGGAGGUGAUGAAAACUCCAUGAAUCGCCGUUCGCAAGCUAUUUUACUUCCAUAAUGUGAUGUAUUUCUGGUUGAAACAGGAUACUUAUGAGGAUACUUACUCAUUUAACUGGUUUGUGAAAGGUUAAAAUAUGAGGGUUUAGUGACAUUAUUACAUUUUGAUGAAUUAAUAAUAAUUGAACUAAGAACAUUCACUCUUAGUUUUAUACGUAACCCCACUGAACCUUUUUUUGCUAAGAGUGUAUUUAUAAAUCGUGUCAAUUAUGUUGACUAUGGCUUUGCAAUGGAAAGGCAAAUAUCACAGGUUCAGUUUCAUGAACUCAUAACCCUGUAAUUUGUUUUAAGUGUCAAGAGCCAUACCAAAUACUGCACCUUCUUGAAUUCCUCACAUUCAUUGCAGUGAUAAUGGGAUAAAGCAAUGUUUUUCAAUGACCUUCAGCUCUCAUUCUCUGCCUGUCAGGAGACAGGCUAACCAGAUUCACUGUAUGAUAAUGCACUAACUUUGAAUUGAAACACAAUCGGACAUCUAGAGGCCUGGGAUGAGACUUUUAUGAAGGUCAACGUCUACACAGACUGCCCGAGGUUGAUACAUCAUCAGUUCACAGUGUUCCUUCUGAUUAAACCAUAAUGAUGCAGGAAGACGAGCCGCUCCGACAGGUGCAGUGGCAUUCCUGAGACAUGCUUUCAUACUUUUGUCCACUGAUGCAUGUGAUUUCCUUCACACAUCGUUUGAUGAACCCAUUUUUUGAUUUUUCUGCAUUACUGAAUAUGCAGUUGAUAUUUUGACACCACUAUGUCUUAUAUAUCCUCCUUUAUCUGCACAGAAUUCAGUAAACUUGACUCUCUACAAGCAGUCUGUACUUUUACAAGCUGUUGCAGAGUAAAAUUUACAAGAUAAAUUAUUUUAUCACUCUAAGAUAUUUUAAAUGUAGAGAUUUUAUUAGCUACUACAAUAUUUAUGUUAGUUUAUGUUGUAAAUUUUAGAUAAAAUGUAAUGUACAUUAUGACUUGGCAGUUAUUUGAAUAAUUUCAGUGUUUCAUUUAUUAUUUUGUUUUAUUUUUUCCACUCAAUGUAUUCUGAACCCUGCAACAUUUCACUGAUGGACUUGAAGCAUUUGUGUCUGAAAAACAAUGUAAAAACCAUGUAAAACACAGAAGUGAAACACUGAGCACAAUCUACAUGCUGAUCUGAGAUGAAAUGCACAGAUUGAUGUGGAUUUGCUGUUGUGUAAAGAGAGGUAUUGUGAAAAUAAGCUGGUAGAAAAUGCUUACAAUGACUGAAUAUAGGCUACCCUAAAGGUCACUGACACAGGCAAGAAGCAUUUUUUUCGUUUUUUUGCACAUUGACUGGUAGGUGACAGGCACCUAAACAGGCUUAUAUUGAGCUAUAAUUAACACAUCUUAAAGCACCUGUUCAGUUUUGUAUCCAGUUUUACAUUUUGAAGACCUGACCAUAUGGCAUGGAGAUAUCAGUGUCCUCAGCAGAUCACAUGGAGAAAUCAAUAAAGAAAAUCUGAAAAAAAUGACUGUAGAAGGAGUCUGU